AUAUAAUUUAGUUAGCGAGCUUGCAAAUUAUCAGAGAUUACUUACAAUCUCAAGCUAGCUAAUUAGCUAGCUAGUCGUAACAAAUGUCUGGAUCUGCAUACUAGCAGAAUUAAGCAACAUUAGUACUUAAGGCACUCCCUGUUGAGCUCAUAGAUGUCAGAAUCACAGAAACAUUAAACCCAAGAGCAAGGCAAACUAACUUGUUAGCAUGUUAAUUCAAUGAUUUGCCAACAGACUACAGAGCAAUGUAUCAGCAUGCUAAGCAGCUACUUUGUAAAGCGACUUGUAUGCUAGUAGCAGGCUUGCUAAGUAGAGUAUUAAGCUUUCUAUAUAUAAUAAAUAUAUCAUGCUAGAUUACCUGACAAUUACAAAUAAUUGACACCACUUUUAGCAACAUUCACAGGGGCAAGUGUGUGUGUGUGUGUGUGUGUGUGUAUGUGCAUUUGUCUUGUCACCCAGCUCAUUAUAAUGUAGCAAUGUGUUGUUUAGGAAAAUAAGGAUAGUGAUUUUUUAACAGAUUUUUUAAUCUGUUUAAAAAAGUUUUGUUUUUUUUGUUUUUUUUGUUAGGUUACUGCAUCUGAUAAAUGAUGAACAUUGCCAGCAGUGCUAGACCUGAUGCAACGUUUGGCUGUUCCACUGCAACUUUUUGAGGCAACAAGAGCAUGAGGCAUGAGUCUGCGCGAUAUUUCAACAAGACGAUACAAUAUACUGUUCAUGGAAUGACAAAUACAAACAUGACCGCAUUGUUUAGCGUAUAACACGUUUUGUAACUGAGAGACCUGAGUAACAUGCACAUAUGUCACGACAAUAGAUGUGAUUGAAGUGCAUGCUGGGAAACUCCUAAAAAUCCGCAUAGAGUUCUCCUCAUAUACCAGAUGGGCAAACAGAUGGGCAAAAAGUAGGCUACUGUAUGGAAAUAAGACUUACUCUCAUGGGUUGCAUGGUGACACAGCUGGUAGUGUUGCUAUCUCCCAGCUCUAAGGUCCCUGUUUUUUUAUCCUUAGCUUAUUCUCCUGCUUUGCACCUUGCUUUUACAUAGGCUCCGGCUCUGUUGCGACCUUGAUCGGAUUAAAAGAAGGUUAAUGAAGAUGCCCUACACUCAUUCUUAAAAAUGAGCUCACAGUAAUGAUAAUAUCUCCUGCUCCUGAGUGAUGCAGUAGAAAAUCUUAACACCUAAAAUCAGGAAAUCACAGUUUUGAAUUCCAGUUGGGCUGCAGUCAUCUAUGCACAGGAGUCAAACAAGAAAAAUUAGCUUUGUAGUGCCAUUACUUUCUCUCGACUACCAAUCACAGUAAAACUAGACAAUCAUGGGGGUCUGUGAGCUCAUGUAUGCAGAUGAGGGUGGAUAGCACAAAGCAAGGUCCAUAAAGACAUGGAUGAGUGAGUUUGGCGUGAAGGAACUUGACUGCACAGAGUCCUGUCCUCAACCCGACAGAACACCUUUGGGAUGAAUUCGAGCGGAGACAUUCCUCUAGAAGCGCAUUUGUGAGGUCAGGCACUGAUGUUGGAUGAGAAGGUCUGGCUCGCAGUCUCCGCUCUAAUUCAUCCCAGAGGUGUUCUAUCAGGUUGAGGUCAGGACUCUGUGCAGGCCAGUCAAGUUGCUCCACACCAAACUCUCCAUCGUUCCUUUAUCAACGUUGCUUUGUGCACUGGUGUGCAAUCAUGUUGGAACAGGAAGGGGUCAUCCCCAAUUUGUUCCCACAAAGUUGAGCAUGAAAUUGAAAUCUUGCCAUGCUGUAGCAUUAAGAGUUCCUUUUACAGGAGCUAAGGGGCCGAGCCCAACCCCUGAAAAACAACACCUGAAUUCAAUUUGAGUGUCCCAAAAUUUUGGCAAUAUAUUUUAUAAAGACAAUGUCCUGAAACAGUUUCCUGGUAUUUAUUUCAGUUAGCCAUUUUAAUUUGCUUUUAUCACAGAGCACAGCUUGCUAUUUUAUUAGUAUAAAAAGUGUGUAAAAUAUAAGUAGCAUCUCUUUUCUUCCACCCCUUUGUGGAAAAAGAAAAUCCACCGUAUCCUUUUUUUUUUAGACUGAAAUAUAUAAUAAACUACCUAUAGGCACAGAAAAUGAUUGACAGCCAGUUUUAAUCUGCAAUUGGAUAAUGGAAAAUGUGACACAAGCAGCAGAAAAGCAAUAAAAGUCCCGCCCACGGCUUUCUUGAGCCUGCAGCAUUCCCACACUCCAAGCAGAACCCGGACAGCCUAGUGCGCAUGUGCAGUGGAGUUCGCGUAAUAGGCCCAGCUGCGCCCUCUGGCGUCGACAGGCACGGCGGCGUGUCAGUUUCUCAGCGGCAGCUUUUAAACCACAGCAGCGCCUUAUUGAUCAUAAAGAGGCUUCCGGAGUUCCCGACUCUGAGCUUUUCUCUUUUUUUUGUUGUUUCAUUUUUCCAACGUCAAAUCAUUUCACACCACUUCACAUCCGGACCCGAACAGCGCUGUGAAUAUGGACUAAACCAAGAAUGCAGCACGCUUGGGAAUUCAUUAUUAUUUUACACGUUAAUGUCAUCGUUUCUGAAGCACAGCCUGCAUCCUCAAUGCCUCAUGAUGGAUGGUGGGCUUACAAAGAUGUCAUAGAAGGAAGCUUUAUCCCAGUUCCCUCUUUCUGGGGAUUGGUGAACUCUGCAUGGAAACUUUGCUCCGUUGGGAAAAGACAGUCGCCGGUGAACAUUGAAACCCGCCGUUUGACUUUCGACCCCUUCCUUACCCCGCUACGCAUCACAGGAGGACGUAAGAUCAAUGGCGUGCUGUAUAACACCGGGCGUCACGUGAUCCUACGUGUGGAUGGCUCGACGCGUGUGUGUGUGUCUGGCGGUCCGCUGAGUUACACGUACACGCUGCAGGAGAUCAGACUGCAUUUCGGCAGCGAUGACACGCAUGGCUCAGAGCACCUGAUCAACGGGAAUGCCUUUCCUGGAGAGGUGCAGCUAAUCCACUAUAACCAGGAUUUAUAUUUAAACUACAGCGAAGCAGAGAAGAGCCCGCACGGCGUCGCCAUUAUCUCUCUCUUCAUGAAGAUAUCAGAGCCCACUAAUCCGUUUCUCCUCCGGAUGCUGAGCAGAGAAAUUAUCACUAGAAUAACAUACAAACAUGACGCGUAUGAACUUACGGGAUUGGAUCUGGAGGAAUUGUAUCCUGAAACGUGGCGCUUUAUAACCUAUGAAGGCUCGCUGACGGUGCCACCAUGUCUUGAAACAGUCACAUGGAUCCUGAUGAAUAAACCUGUCUACGUCUCACAUAUUGAGCUGCAGUCUCUGCGUCUCCUCAGUCAAAACGCAGCGUCUCAGAUCUUCCUCAGUUUAAGCGAUAACUAUCGGCCGCAGCAGAGCCUCAACCAGCGCUGCAUACACACCAACAUCAACGUCAACACGCACACACACCAGUGUGCUAAUACACUCAGGACACACUACAGGGUGAAUGAGUGGCUGCUGAAAUAACCCCUGUGAUAAAUGGUGUUUGUGUCUUCUGCAAAGAGACAAAAGAGAGAUGAUUAAAGACAGACGUCUUAUUUUACUGUGUAUUAUGAUUAAAUAAAGGCGCUUUGGGAGGAA